UGUCCAGAUGUGAAGUCCGAGAGCAUCGACUUGCCGACGGAGAGUGCUGACUGCGACUGGAGCUCCGGACUGCAGCCGUCCCCGUGCGCGCAGUGCGCUGUGUGCGGCCCAGGCCAUGGCGGUCCAUGCCCGCCGCUGGACGGAGUGUUCGACCAGCCUAACGAGGAGGGAAGCAUGCCGGACUCCAAGGUCGCUGCAGGCGUCGGCGCGGAGCAGGCCCAGCAGCUGCUCGUCGGCGAGGCCUUCUCCCUCGCAGUGCCGGCUGGCGACGCGGUCCAGGACGAGCGGGCCUCGAGCAAGGAGACGGGCAGGAAGGCGCGCCGCGGAUUCAACUGUGGGGGCCAGCGUUUCCGGACUGAGAGCGGAUUGCGGGACCUUCUUGCAAGUCACACUGAGGGCGGACCUCACUCGUGCGGUGUGUGUGGCAAGGAGUUCUCCUGGAAGAAACAUCUUGUAACGCACUCGAGGAUCCACACCGGGGAGAAGCCUUUCCAGUGUGAUGUGUGCGGAAAGGCAUUUUCUCAAGCAUCUAAUUUGGUAAAACACAAGAGGAUCCACACUGGGGAGAAGCCUUUCCAGUGUGAUGUGUGCGGAAAGGCAUUUUCUCAAGCAUCUAAUUUGGUAAAACACAAGAGGAUUCAUACUGGGGAGAAGCCUUACAAGUGUGACGUCUGCGGGAAGGCAUUUUCUGAUUCAUGUAAUUUAGUGAGACACAAGAGGAUGAUUCACACUGGCGAGAAGCCUUGAAAGCGUGACGUGCGCGGGAAGGCAUUUUCUGAUUUAUCUUAUUCAGUGAAACACAAGAAGAUUGCGCCCCCUACAGUGAACUUUGAUUGAAGCACUGAGUGUCGAACUUUACCAUGUUAACCAAAUGUUUUCGUUUUCAUUUA